CCGGUGGAGGCGCGGCGAGUGCGCGGCGGCCGCGCUCAGACCCGGCGGGUCCAGCAGCAGCAGCCGCAGCAGACUCCGGAGCAGCAGCGUGUGGACGGACCGGAGAGCUUCCCACUGGACUUCACAGCCGUGGAGAGCAACAUGGACAACUUUAUGGCGCAGGUUAAGAACCUGGCGCAGUCGYUGUACCCCUGCUCUGCGCAAAAGCUGGAUCAAGACAUGAAGCUGCACCUCUUGAGUAAUUUGUCGGUGACCUGCAACGACGGCUCAUCAGCGGGAAUCCAGAUGUUUUGCCCUAACAGAGUUUUAUUUGCCGUUUCCUGCAGUUUUAUUCCUUAUUGCUCCAGCGACGUGUGGAGUGGAGCCACGCCAAAGACCGAGCACAGUGAUUAUGCCUUCAUGGGCUCUCUGAUUAUCAAGGAGGUGGUGAAGGAGCUGCUGACUAAAGGUCUGGACAAAGCCAAGGUUCUGCUCCUGGCAGGCAGCAGUGCGGGCGGUACCGGCGUCCUGCUGAACGUGGACCGCGUCGCCGAGCAGCUGCAGGCGGCGGGCCACAGGGGGGUGCAGGUCAGGGGGCUGGUCGACUCCGGGUGGUUCCUGGAYAACAAACAGUACAAGACCACCGACUGCCUGGACACCGUCAGCUGUGCCCCCACUGAGGCCAUAAAGAGAGGCAUCAGGUACUGGGGUGGACUGGUACCAGAGAGCUGCAGGCAGGCUCACGUAGGGGAGGAGUGGAGCUGCUUCUUUGGAUAUAAAGUCUACCCGACGCUGAAAAGCCCAGUGUUCGUGGUCCAGUGGCUGUUUGACGAGGCUCAGCUGACCGUCGAUAACAUCCACCUGACCGGGCAGCCCCUUCACGAGGCCCAGUGGAGGUACAUCCAGAACCUGGGCCAGGAGCUGAGGAGCACGCUGCGAGACGUACCAGUCACGUUUGCUCCAGCCUGUCUGUCUCACGAACUCAUCACCAGGACGUACUGGAUGGACAUUCAGGUGAAAGGCACGUCCCUGCCCAGAGCGCUCCACUGCUGGGACCGGAGCCUCCAGAGCACCCUGCACCUCAACAGCAGCCACGGCCUGAAGAAGCACCGGACCCCCCCGUCGAGGGGAUGCCCCCUGCAUCUGGUGGACAGCUGCCCCUGGCCGCACUGCAACCCGUCCUGCCCGACCAUCAGAGACCAGCUAACGGGACAGGAGAUGAGCGUGGUCCAGUUCCUGAAGCACAUGGGCUUUGACGUGCAGAAGAUGGCCCAGCAGCAGGGAAUGGAUGCUAAGAGGCUACUGGGCAUGCUCAGUAACGGAAGCUGAGCUGCCUGGUCAUAUACUCUGACCAGGCAGAGUAUAUGACUCUGCCUGGUCAUAUACUACAACUACAACGAGCGCAGUUGUAGUUGUUGGAGGCCAAGUUUUAUAAGCACAUGUAUGAAAUAAGAAGGGGGGAUAAAUUCUUCUUAUUUUGAUGUGUUGGUGACAAACUGAACAAUGUGAACAUUCACAAGUGCCUUGUUUAUUUUGAAGACGUGUAAGUCGCGUACAACCAAACCAGAAAGUUUGAGCUGUUGGAAAGCUUCAUAUGGGAUCAUCGUAGAUACGCUCCAACUCAGGAGGCGGCUACAGCGAGCAGGAGCAUCUCAAUGUAAAAGUUUAUUUAUUUCAAUAAGCCAAAGAAUGAAACUCAUUCCACACAUUCGUUAGUCAGUGAUAGAUUUCAAGUGUUUGCUUCUUUCCCGUUUUCUUUUGCAUGAAUUACUGCAUUAAUGCGCCGCAGCAUGGAGGAGGUUCUAACAGAGGGCCAGGUCGCUUUGACAACCCAUUCAUCUUUGUCUCGACACUACAUAGAUUCUCUAGGAGGAAGAACAGGAACAGCACGGUCACUGGUCCAGUUUUUGGUGCCACUGGCAGUUUGGACAGGCGCCAGGUCCUGCUGGAAAAUGAAAUCAGCAUCUCCAUAAAGAUUGAGCAGAAGGAAGCAUGAAAUGCCCCAAGACUUCCUGGCAGAGGCUGCGUUGACUCUUGACUUCAGCAGGGUUUCUGCAGGUUUCACCAACUUAAAAUUAAGACUUUUUAAGACCACUUUGACUUGGGUUUAAGACCUGUAUCAUGACAGAAAAGAAAAUAAAUGGUAURCGUUUGCAACAGAAGUGAGCCAAUGGGUAAGAUGAACUUCAUCCAGCCAACUGGUGAUAAAUUUGCACUGAGCCACGUUGGACGUUAAAAAGUUAGCUAGCUUUAGUAGCUAGUUACCGCUAGCUGCAACCGCCUUGAGUCACAGAACUCGGUGACCAUGUCUGCAUGCAAUUCAGCUUUGCGCAACGGUAAAUUCCUGAGAAAACGGAAAACACACAGAACAAAUAUUCCUUUCACAACAUACGAUUAACGUAUUUGAGACCAACUUAUUUAUUAUUUUUUUUCCAAUUAAUUCGAAACUUUUAAGGUCUUAUUUUUAGAAACAUGAAUUUAAGACAUUUUGAGGAUGAACUGCUUCACAAUCCUAACAAGCUGCACUUCUUUCUGUCGUUCUCUUACUUCCAGUUUUUCCUUCCGAUAAACUCUCCAAUAUGUUUGUGUCAGCUUCUUUAGCACUGACCUCUUUGGUUUCCAUGUAGAGCAUGAAUGUCUGCUGCAAAACUGGCCAUAACAUAAAAUAACAUAUUUCUGUAUUGAAAAUAUGUUUUAUUGGUCUCAUGUUUCAUUCAGAUUUUUUGAGAAAUUGAUCUUGGGUUUUCACAUCUGUGAGCCACAAUCAGGAAAACUAACAGAAACGAAUGCUUGAAAUGCACCACUCUCUACAGAAGAUGAGUUUCACUCUUUGAAAAGAAAUACUGCAGUAAAGAAGCAUUUAUAUUCUUGAUUAAGUGGGAGACACCAGUAUAUGCAAUAACCUGAACUUCACGCCCUCAUGUGGAGGUAAAACGACGACGACAGCAGCCUGAGGGGUUCCAAGGGAAACCAGAGGGGUUCCCAGUUUGACGUGGACGUUCCCAGUAUGCUGUGGUCAAGGGGAACGAGGCGGGCCAGAAAUGACGCUGAUUUCUCUGCUCACUAAAUAUGCUGCUUUUUCUCCAUGUAAAAAAAAAAAAAUUUUAUGGGAAUUAUUUACUAAUAAAAACAAAAUGUAACUCUGUUCUUGUGCCUACAGUUCACUGUACUAUUUAUUUUUUUAUAUUGCUCAAAUCUGGGACAUUUCUAUAUCAAGUCUACUUUUUAUUUGCAUGUUUGUAAUAAAUACUUGUACGCUUGUGGAUCAAUUACUGUUUGUUUUUUGUUUUUUUUAAAGAAAGGUAUUUUCAUAAACUCUUCUGCUCACCUUUUUAAGCAAAAAUAAAUACAGAYACACAGCGAUGUAAUAAAACGUAAUUUACUUACAAAAGCAGAGUGAAAAUUUCACUGUAAAAAGAAAAUAAAAAUUAUUUACACCAACACACCCAGAAAACCCAAAGUUUACCAAUGGCACACUAAUGAAAUAUUUGGAUGAGGAACAGAAAAUAGUUCACAGUUGGUAGAAAAAGUGCUUCUUUAAAAGGAGAUGAAAUCUAAAUAUUUCUGCUUUAAAUACAAAAUUAUCUGGAUGUUGAACAGUUGGUUAAAAAAAAAAAAGUC